AAGAAUGAGGCACUAAGCUUAUUUCAGUAAAAUCGAGUACUUCUCUUACUUUCCACGCACAAGCGGCUAACAGGAACGCUUGUUAGUGAUUCUUCAUAUCCUCUCUCCGAUUUUUAUUCCUUUACAAAUUCUGAACAAUUCUUCCUCUCCUCUAAAAACUUACUUCGAUAAUAAUAUAUGAUUUGGGUUUCUUAGGGUCUCUGUUUUCUUCUUCGGUUUUUCUCUUACUGCGCGGCUUACUGGAACGCGAUGGAUUCUACUAUGGUCAUCAAGGUUAAAUAUGGUGAUACGCUUAGGCGUUUUAAUGCUCAUGUAAAGGAGAAUGAGCAACUCGAUCUUGACAUGACUGCACUGAGGGCAAAAAUCCUCCGUCUUUUUAAUUUUCCUGCUGACUGUGAUCUCGCUUUAACUUAUAUUGAUGAAGACGGGGAUGUGGUAACACUUGCUGAUGAUGAUGAUCUACGUGAUGUGAUGAGGCAAAACUUGAAAUUUUUGAGGAUUGAUGCACAGCUUAAUAAUGACAAGUUUGGUAAAUCUUAUGCCAGAUCUAGUGGUAGUUCCACCCCUAUGAGGUCCCCUCGAGUCCAGAGUCCAUUACCAUGUCUCAACAAUGGUGUUGCUGAAGUUUUGAAAUCUGUGCCUGAGCCCCUGCAAGGCAUACUUUCCAAGAUAUCUCAUGACCUGGCUUCAAAAGCUGUGGCAUCCAAUGCAGUGCUUACUGAGCUUGCUGACUGCUUUUCAAAGAUGGGGCAAUCCCAUUUGAACCCAGCCCCCCAGUCUCAAGAUGGUGCAGGUUCAAGUGUCCAAACUGGAGCUGCUGUUCCUACAGUUGUUAAUGCAUCCAAGGAUAUGGGUAUGCUAGAAGACUUGCCAAAUUCAAACUCACCUUUCAAAACCAGCCAGGAAGAGAGCUUUGAAAAUGUUACCAGGACUUCAGCGGGACCACACACAGCUGUCUCUGCUCCUGUUAAUCUGGAUCGGAACCCUCAAGCUUCCAAUCCAUCUGCACAUUGUGCUCCCCUUGCAUCAUUUGUCCCUGCUGGUGAUGAUGGGAAGGAAGCCAAGAAACAGAAUACCUGUCUUCCUACUAGGAAGCCUGUUCCCUUUGGUUUGCCCACCUUUCCUAUGAAUUACGGCUUUCCUUCACACACUGAUUUUCCAUUUAGUGGAGUGGCUGUGGAAAAUGACUCAGCUGUGCGUUCUCCAAAAAGUCAUGCAAUUAAGAGAAGCGACUAUGUCAAUAAUCCCAUGUUUGGCAUGUUUCAUAGGGGUGUUCAAUGCGAUGGAUGUGGUGUUCAUCCAAUUACUGGACCUCGGUACAAGUCCAAAGUGAAAGAAGAUUAUGAUCUCUGCAGUAUCUGCUUUGCUGCCAUGGGUAAUGAAGCUGAUUACAUAAAGGUGGACAGGCCGAUGUCUUUCCGUAAUCCUUGGUCUUCCAAGUGUUUCAAUGAUCCUACACAGAAAUCUUUGGCCUUCCCACAGCCUCUCUACAAAGGCUCUUGUGGAGUAAAGGGAGCUCAACCUAAGCUAGACAGCCGUUUUGUUUUGGAUGUCAAUGUCUCAGACGGUACUGUGAUGCCUUCAUCUACACCCUUUACCAAGAUAUGGCGAAUGCGCAACAGUGGUAGUGUUGCAUGGCCCCAGGGAGUGCGGCUUGUGUGGAUUGGUGGAGACCAGUUCUUCAGCGCUGAUUCUGUUGAGAUAGAGAUUCCAGUCAAUGGCGUGCCUAUUGAUGGUGAACUUGAUAUUGCAGCUGAUUUUGUAGCUCCUGCUCUGCCUGGUAGAUACAUAACAUAUUGGAAGAUGGCACACCCAUCAGGUGUGAAAUUUGGACAGCGCAUCUGGGUUCUUAUUGAGGUUGAUGCUUCCCUGAAAGACCCAUUCUUCAAAGAUCUGAACUUGAAUGAGUCCCCCAAUUGGAGUGGUUCUAAAUGCCCUGAAGAUUUAGAUAUGAAUGCCCAGCCUGCUGAUGGCUGUUUUCUGGGGCCUCAGAAUACUACCUCGCUUACAGAACCAGUAGAGCCCAUGGUUGCCGAACAGCCUAAGAGCCAGGAGUUGUUUCCUAUUGAUGAUGCCUUGCCGGUUGGGCAUGGUGUUUUAGCCUCUGCUCCUCCAGAGGCCAGCGCUUCAUCUGUUCCUGUUUUAUAUCCAAUGAUAGACAUUUCUGAAACAGCGACUACUGGUCCUUUUGAACCCCGUCCUGCUGUGGAUGCUCCAGCUUCGUCUGAAGGAGCCAACAUGGAAAGUUUUGUUGAGAAGACCCUCCUAAAGGAUCUUGAGGAAAUGGGCUUCAAGCAGGUUGAUUUGAACAAAGAGAUCUUGAGGCGAAAUGAGUAUGAUCUAGAGCAGUCAGUGGAUGAUCUUUGCGGCUUUGCUGAGUGGGACCCCAUUCUUGAGGAGUUGCAAGAGAUGGGUUUCAGUGACAAGGAAAUGAACAAGAAGCUGCUAAAGAAAAACAAAGGGAGUAUCAGGGGUGUGGUCAUGGAUAUUCUCACCGGGGAGAAGGCUUAGUUCAAGAAUUUUUAUCGUCCUUCACAUUGUCUAUAGGGGGUAUUAUACAUAAAUCUAGUGUUAAAAGGGGGUAAUUAGCUUUUGCUAUGAAAACUGCCUAAGGUUUAAGUUGAUCUCCAUAUUGUAGUAGUAAUUGUGUUCGGUGCAACAACCGAAUGCUUUUGCGGGCUAUGUUUUUCGUAUCAGGUGAACCUUGAAGUGUGAACUAAUAAUAAUUUAUCUGUUAUAUGGUUUA